ACAGAGUCAACUUUCGUCUCCUCGUGGAGCCCUCCUUGGGCUCCGAGGUAGCUGAAGGUCCAGAAGCAGCUGGGAAAGUGAACUUUGCCGCAACCAGGGAGGAAGGGUUUCCCCGGCUGCUGUUACAGAGAGGGAGUGAAGGAGAAGAAAGAGGAAGAAGAGGAAGAGGGCGAAGGCCGAGAAGGCUCAGAACAGGGCAGUGAAGAUGAGUGAAAGGGAUGUGUCCGAAGUGCAAUCUCUGUGCUCCCUCCACCAAGCCAAGAAUAUUGAACCUUGGUACAAAGAGAGACUGCCUUCCAAGUGCUUCAGAAGUACCCAAAGAAGGCUCAAGUGCCCAGAUGCUCUAAAUAGCCAUCGAUGGAUCUUCCUCAAAAGUGGUAUGGAUGACUUCCGGAAAGGUGGUGUCCCUCCCUGUAAGGAUAUGAUGACUCAAAGGCCAAAAGAGCCCUUCCUCCCCCUUAUUUACCACAAAAAAGGUCAUUCUGUCCAGAAGCAACAGCCAAAGUCAAUGGAGUUAUCAGAGUUAUUUUCAAAGCUCUCCCCAACCCAGAAACUUCAUAAGGAGAAUGCUGAUAAGCUUGAAUAUUUCCUGGCUCAACAUCCUCUAGCUCUCUAUCCCAACUUGGAAGAAAGUUUGCCUGUAGAGCUCCUUGCCCAGGUUCUGAAAAUCCUUGAUCCAAAGAAGUGCUUGGAGGAUGAAUGGGCUUACUGUCAGGAGGGCAGACAGCUAGAUAGAAAACCCUGGACUGGCAUGCUGAAAGUGCGUGAGUGUUUGCCAUUGGAAGGUCCCAAGCCACCACCAGUGAAGAACCCAUACAGGUUCUUUCGUGGGGAAGAAAAGGCAGAAGAAGAAGAAUUCAGCUACUUCCCAGCACUGGAAGACCAUAUACGACGAACUGCUAAAGAAUUCUGUGACUGGGUUUCAGAUUUUGGGGAGAAUGACAAAAUGGACGUGGCAACAAUCAUGAAACUGUUUGAAACUAGUUAUGAAUGUCCAAAAACCUACAACGUUCUCCAUUUGAUGAAAAUGAAUCAGGUGCCACUGGACCUGAAGAAGGGUGUGGAGCUAACAAGGCUGCAAGAAAUGCGAUAUUCUUUGGAGGAGAUUGACCAUGAAAGGAAAACAAAGAGAACAAAGAACCCUUACAAACCAGAGUGGGUAAAAUUUAGCUAUGGAGCCUGGUAUUUGCAUACCAAUUUAUGGAAGAAGCGAAGAGCAAAUGAACCUCUGUUGGAUCCUAAAUUGGAAGCUACUUCUAAAUAUGAAAAGUUGAAAAAGAAUCUUCUAGAAAAGGAUGCAACACUCCUGGACCUUCAUGCAACAGUUGCUUUCAAAGAAUUUAUUGAAAGAAAAGGCUACAGGAUGCCUACUUUCCUCUCUAGAUUGUUCAAGAAAGAUGACAAAAACUCUCCUGAAAACAAUCGCAAGCUCUCUCCUCAGCCAUCGCAGUUGCUGCUGCAGUUAAAGGCAAAGAAAAGAAUCCAGAGUGGAAGCUAGCCAGAAG